AUGCUACUCCACUCACACCUGCGUGUAGAAGAGUUGGUAGUGACCACAACCGUUGUAGCAGCACCAUUCCCUAUUGAAGGAGACGCUGUAGAUGACGACGUUGACAAUGACGUUGACGACAAUGUCGUUGUUGAUAUCAGCGUUGAUGUGACAUACCCACAUACAAAAUUUGCGAAUAUUCGUACUUACCAUGACAAAGAUGGUAAAGUAAUUGUAUACGUGGGUAUGUUUGGGUUAAGAAACCCAUUAAGAUCUGCCAAAGAGAAAACUUCGGCAAGUACUCCGCUUAUGCAAGCAGAGGGAACAGUGGAAACCGUAGAUCCACUGUUGGAAGUACUACUCGAGCUUGUGUCUGUUGGAGCCGUCGACGUCGAUGUGGACGUAACAGAAGCCGAGAGAUUAAUAUUGACACUAACAUAG